CAUAUUCGUUACACCAAACUUCGCCAUUCAAGAUGGCAGCAGCUAUGGAUGUAGAUACACCGAGCGGCACAAACAGCGGAGCAAGCAAGAAGCGAUUUGAAGUAAAGAAGUGGAAUGCUGUGGCGCUGUGGGCCUGGGACAUUGUGGUGGAUAACUGUGCUAUCUGUCGAAACCACAUCAUGGAUCUCUGUAUAGAGUGCCAGGCCAACCAAGCUUCUGCAACUUCUGAGGAGUGCACUGUAGCCUGGGGUGUCUGCAAUCAUGCCUUCCAUUUCCACUGUAUUUCUCGCUGGCUGAAAACGAGACAGGUGUGUCCUCUGGACAACAGGGAGUGGGAGUUUCAGAAAUAUGGACACUAGCUGUGUUAUUGUCAAUCCCUUUCUUGGCUUCUACAAGCAUCAUCAUUACUUCCUCUCUGUUCCCUCUCUAAUCCUAGUUGUUGUUGUUUUACACCCACAUCUCUGUUUUGGUUUGUUGUAAGUACAGAAAU